AUGAUGGAGGACUCCACGCCACGCACCGGCGAGCCGCAGGACCAGUACAGCCGCAUCAACCCCUUCCCCGAGACCACCAUCCUCGGCCCCGCCCUCCAGCAGGAACUCGUCCAGGCGAUCCAGAACUUCUACCGCGUCAGCGACGAUCCCGCCGCCAACGACACGUGGCUCGGCUACUUCACGCGGGAUGCAAAGGCCAUCAUGGCCGGCGCCGGCGCCCAGGGGACCGACGCCAUCCGCCGCUUCCGCGCCGCCAUGUGGCAGGACGUCAAGGCGCGGUCGCACUGGGCCAGCAGCGCCUACGUCGGCGACGUGACGGAGGGCCGCGUCCAGCUCAUGCUCGAGGGCCUCGUGACGAGGGUCGCGCCCGACGAGCGGGAGACGGUCCUGAGCUGGGCCGGCCGCGCCGUGUGGGAGAAGCACGACGGGGCGUGGAAGAUGUCGUUCUACCAGGUCUGGCUCAGCGAGAAGACGGCGUUGGAGUGGGUGCCGGCCGAGGCAUGA